AUGGUGAGCCUAGAAGAAACCCUCAAAACUCCAGCCGGGCCCCCGAAACUCCCUCUCUCGGAAAGCCCAUCAAGCCCGGCCCGAAUCUCCUUCUCCUCCGACCUCCUCGACGAGUCCAACUUCAUCUCCAUCUGCCCCAACCAACACUAUCUCCAACCCGAAAAUGAACCAAAGGUCAAACAAACACGAGUCCCCGACAAUUUCGAGUUCCUCUCCACCAACCUAAAAACCGACAUGAUGAUGAUGAGCGCCGACGAGCUUUUCCGAGAGGGCAAGCUCCUCCCCUUUUGGCAAACCGAAAAACUCGAAAAAAUCACUUUGAAAAAAACACCCGAGCCUCACGAGGACACCAAAUCGGGCGAUGACGAGAGAAGGAUAAGUUGGUUCCUUGACGACGACCCGUCACCAAGGCCGCCAAAGUGUACGGUUUUGUGGAAAGAGUUGCUUAGGUUGAAAAGGCAAAGGCCUUCCACUUUAUCUCCAUCUUCUUCAUCUUCAUCUUCAUCUUCAUCUUCAUCUUCUUCUUCUUCUGGUUUGGAUGAGAGGAGGAAAGGUGGGAGUAGUAAAGAGAAAGUGGUGAGUAGGGUGAAGAAAGGGCUUGAGAGGACGAGGUCGGCAAGUAUAAGGAUAAGGCCGAUGGUGAAUGUCCCAAUCUACACGCAUGCUAGCCGGAAUAAUGCGUCGGCUUUGCCGCCGCUUUUUCCGGUGAGGAAGGGAGGUUAG